UCCACAGCGUCAGUCCCCUAUGUCAGAUACUGGAGAGUUGAUACAGGCAAGAGACGAGUGCCCUAAAGCAUCGGGCAAGGGGAGUUUCAAAAGCAAGGCACCGAAACGCAGCAACUCCCUGGCCGGCCGUGUGAUGUCAUCACUCGCCCGCCUGGGCCGGAAGGGGGACGGUCAAGACUUCCACGGACGAGAUGGACGACGAGGAAGCGAUCUUCAACAACAACAGGAACACGCCCGUCUUCGUAAUGCCAGAGGACCAGGUGGAUGUUAUAGAUAAGGACUCGCAAAUGGAAUUUAUAGCGCCGACGCCCCUGACGGAAGAUCAAGGGAAGAUACUCCGAGAGACUUGGGCUCUUAUUAAAAACGACGUCACAGAGGUCGGAGUGGAAACCUUCAUGGGACUUUUCCACACUCACCCCGACGCCAUCGACUCGUUCCUCGCCUUCAAAGAUAAAUCGGUCCAGGACCUGGAGCGGAGCGCCGUCCUAAAGGCGCAUGCGCUAAGAGUGAUGCAGACGGUGGACAAGUGCAUCACGCGACUGGACCGUGUCGACCGGAUGGUCACCCUCCUGCACCAGCUGGGGAAACGCCAUGUUGGUUACCAUGCCAACAUUCGACUCAUACCGAUCAUCGGAAAACAAUUUAUUUCCGCAAUCGAGCCGAAAAUCGCCAAAAAGUGGUCGAGCGAAACCCAGGCAGCUUGGGAAUGUCUCUUCAGCAUCAUCAACUACAACAUCCGCCGUGGGUUGAUGGAGGAGAAGAACAGACGGAUAGAGGAGGCCAAGGAGAUGGAGAUGUUGCUCAAACGGUCGGAGGCGCGGUCCAAGAGAGACAAAAAGUGAAAGGAUUUGUUAAAAACAUGGACGGGAAACAAAGAUAGGGAAAAUAAACGGAGCUACGUAAAACAUGGAUAGAAAAAAAGUGGAAGAAAUGAAAUUAUAAGGAAACAAAAUCGAUAUGAAAACUACAUGGAAUAAUUUGUAGAUAUGCAUAGCUGAAAGAAAAAUUUAGAAAAAGCAUUCCCUAAACACGUGGGUAGUAGAAUAUUUACAAAAUCAACGAACUGAUUUUAAAAAAAAAUGGAACUAAUAUUUAAAAAAGGAUUGAUUGAAAAAAAAACAAUGGAAGAAAAAUAACAGAAUAACAAAUUUGGCUUAUAUAGCGUACAGUAUGAAAGAUUAAACACCAAAAAAAAAAAAUAAGGGAAAAUGCGAACGGAUAUUUUUAAAACGUUGAUGUAAACAAACAGAUUAUCUGACUAAACUGGUUGCGCAACGUUUAAACUGUUUACACUUUUUCAUUGUUUUAUAACUAACAUGUUACUGUGCCUAUAGCUAAAUGCUGUAACAGCGAGACGACACACCGUGAAUGCUACUAGCGUAAAUAUUCGCUAACUGGGGAGUUGGAAUAUUGUAAAUAUACAAUGACGUCAUCAUGUUAUGUGCAUCUGCAAGUCUAGUUAUUAUUUUUUGUUUUCAGACAAACAAAACAGCAGAUUUCUUUUUAUAAUCGCAGCCACGCAUUUUCAGAAUGUGCUUAAAAAUAUGCAUAAAAUCUUGGUAAAUGUUUAUUUCGUGUGUAUUUAGUUACAGUUAAAUAAUUGGUUUGCCAUUUUUUAAAUGUGUUUGCACUGAAAUUCAAGAAGUGGAUGGCUAAAGCAGAAUUUACGUGAAAGAAAUGUCAAAUAAUCUUUGGUAAAAAUGUAAAUAGUUGUGGGUAAAGCCGGACGACCAGAAUCAAUACGUUUCUCCAACGUAACGGCUCCAUUAACCUGGAACUUCUUCCCGUUUCGACUCAUGUUUACAUCAAACAGGAAGUAACAAAUUACUACGCGGCUCUAUUUCCUUGAGCAGAAACCCACGCAACACCACAUAAAAAAUAAAUACGCCACCAAAAAUAAAACUGUAAUUUAAGAGAAGUGUGUUUCGAAUGUCUUCUUUGGACUAGUAAAACCACGCGUGACCCAGUUAGGGAACGCUGAGAAAAAUACCCGCAGGAGAAACUUUUCAACAGGAAAUGUUUCUAAAAAUAGAGGAUUAUGUUUUUUCCGGGUGAAAUAACAAUAUCGAAAGCUAAUGAAACAAGCUGGAUUGUGGUGAAUUCUACUGGAGUCAAUAGUGGAUUAAAGGAAAAAAAAUAUCAGACCUAUACUACACAAUCAUGUUAUGAAUGUAUAGGUAUUUAUAUAUGUGUGUGCGUGCGUGAGUGUAUUUAUGUGCGUGUGUGUGUUUGUAUGUGUGUGUGUGACGAUGUCAAAAAAAAGGACAUAAGGAUCAAUUUUUUUGGAAGUUUGAAAACUGAUAUAUUUUGGCAGUUAUAAUUUGCAACUGAUGUAUUUUGGAAGUUAUAAUUUGCAUUUUCUAAGUUUUUGUGUCAUCAAAAUUGAUAAUUGCACUCAACCCUAACCCAACUCAGUUAAUAUUUUAAGAUAUUAAAAAAUUAAACAAAAAAAGAUCUGCAGUUUUGGGAAAAAGGGUGAUGUUAUUUCAAUACGAGGAGAGCGUAACUGGGAAAUGUGCAUUUAUGUGUAACUAUGGGGA